AAAUUGGCGGGUUGAGCAACGAAUCCUAUUUUCGUUUUUCUUUCUCUAGCAACCGAAGCUUCACAUUCAUCUGCGUUCUUCAGAGUUUCAGAGAGAAGAAUGGGUGGAAUUUCACCAGCCGCUGGUCUCUGCUCCCGUGAUCAAUUCAGUCUCGGCAAUCGCCUCUUCGUUGCUUCUCUGCAUUCCUGUCGCGCAAUCUCCCGCCCCGCCGGUGGUAAUUGCAACGGCGGAGCAAAGUUUUUGGUCCAUUUGGAACCGAGAACGCUUGUGCAGAAGCGUCAGCGUUUGGAUUUCACAUUCUCCGCUAGAGCUGCUGAUUCAACUCAGCCGUCUUCGGUUUCAGCCUCGCCAGACAGAGCAGUAGUCACUGAUGAUGAAUUCUCGCUCGCGAAAGUUUCAUUUGGUGUUAUUGGCUUAGGUGUUGGGAUUUCUUUGUUGUCGUAUGGAUUUGGUGCAUACUUUAAUAUCCUCCCAGGAUCUGAAUGGUCUGCCAUUAUGUUAACCUAUGGUUUCCCUCUUGCUAUUAUUGGCAUGGCUCUCAAGUAUGCCGAACUCAAACCAGUGCCAUGCUUGACAUAUUUAGAUGCUCAAAAGCUGAGGGAAACAUGUGCCACCCCUAUUCUCAAACAGGUAAGGGAUGAUGUGAUAAGGUACCGUUAUGGGGAUGAACAACAUUUGGAUGAGGCAUUGAAACGGAUUUUCCAGUAUGGUCUGGCUGGGGGAAUUCCUAGAAGGAGCGCUCCUAUUUUGCAAAGUAUUCGUGAAGAAGUCACAGAAGAUGGAAAGUAUUGCCUGACCUUGGUGUUCGAAGCAAAAGCCUUGGCAUUGUCAGAUUUUGAGCAAAGACAAGCAAAAUUUGCUUCUUUCUUUGGACCAGGGAUCACUGCAGAAGUUGGGAAGGGAGAGAAUGAGCUGUAUGAAGUCCGACUUAUUUCUAACACUAUUCCCAGUGCUUCACCAUCAUAAAUUAUACGGUUAAAUCAAAUUCUGCUACAUAUAUUGGUUUCAUUUAGUAUACAAACUGCUGUCCACUUGUGAAGUUCUGGUAAGCAUCAAUAUUUCUUUGGAAACCCAUGCUAUCUAAAUGUUAAAUCCGAUCUCUAAUGUUUAUAAAAUGUACAAAAAUAUAGACAAAAGGAUUAGGAAGAGUGAAAAGAAUGACAUCUAAAUGGUUUCCUUCCUAAAAGAUAAUGAAGCAGAUGGUGCAAAAAGGGUUUGUUCUAAAAGGAAAAAUGGGACACUACUAUCUGUACCUUUUUGGAAACUCCUUCACGUGAUGCAUUCUUGGUUAUUUGAUUAAUAAAAUUUAACCUUGGAAUAA